GAGGAUAAAGACCAAAUACUCCACAAACGACAACUUGUGGGCUCAAAGCGGGUAGUCGUUUCUUUUAGUUUUCAUCCUAGCGAAUGAGGUAUUGUCGGCAGCGAAGAAAAAUGAGUUUAAAAGGCCAAUUACCCAGAUUUACACCUUUAGCCUGUAUGCUAGGAGCCCAUUGAUGCGACGUCAAUUUCUCGACGGUAUAAGAAGCAACAUCCGGUAGUGAUUUUCAAAAUAAAAUCUCACUAGCGCGUAAAAAGCGAGUUUACGUGCUAUAGUUGAUACGCUUUAUUCAUUUGGAUUUUAAAUGUUUAGUCCUGGUUAACAGGUCCUUAAAAAAAGCCUUAAAUCUAAGGAGCUGAUCAAGACUCUUCAACUCAAUACCCAAAAUGGGGGCUUUGACUUUAACUGGGGUGACGAUGAAUAUGUCUGGUAAAAAUGUUUUGCAUUUUCUGUUACUUCCAGCACUUUUUAGCUUUUAUGAAUGAAGUUUGAAGAGUCCAUAUUACUAAAACCUAUUCUGCCGUUUGGUGUUGUUGUAGGAGGUUGAAGAGCACUUGUCGUUGCCGUUUGUUUUUCGUAUGGUCAUUUAUUUUACAUCUCCCCGUUCGUUCGUAUUAAGACUGUGCUAGAUUCACGAUAUCAACGUUUUAUUUUGUAGAAGUCAUUUGAGCGCACUUCCAGCACAAGCUGUAUUAAAUUUGUUUAACUUUGGUUACUCAAUCAUUGACGUAUCAGCUGACUAGAAAGCAAAUAAUACUUCCGCUUUGUUUUUUUCUAAGAUUAGCCGAAACUUACAAUAUUUUUUAAACUGUAAACACCUCUUACUGCGAGAAAUCUAAGUAUGACCCCUGAUAAUACAAAGAAAAUGUGAAUCAGCCGAAAAAUAGGCAUAUUUGUGGACAGUUUUCUUUAACCCUACAAAGUAAACGCUUUAGCACGUCUACGACGUACCCCUGGAAGCGCAGGCAGAAGCAACAAAAAUUAAUGAUCAAGCUUAAAAUGACAAAGACGCUAGAUACAAAAUGAUAUUCUUUCAUCACGAUAAUUUCCCAGUUCUCCACUACGUUACUUUCUUCUUCUCUUUGUUUGGUAUAAAAUCUUGUUGUUAAAAGCGAACAACUGACUUCUCCUGUUCUGUUUAUACUGAUCUGUGAUCUGCUGAUUUGGUCUGGAAGAGCAGCGCUGGGAAACACAACACAAGUCAAGCCAGCAGUUGUAGUUUCAGAGGUAAGUGCAGAAAAUAACCAAAUAUUGAAUUCGUUGCUAUUGAAAAAGAUAUUUUAACUUAAUGUUGAACAUAAUGACACAUAGAUAUAAAUUAAGUUGGUAACAAAUUGCUACGUUUGCCCCAAAAUGUCCCCACGUGGGUUCAGGAACAACCGGUGUGUCUUGUGUGGGUGCGCUCGAUUCACUGCUCAGCGCAUGCAGAGGGCGGGGCUAACCGUGCUAGCAAUGGCUUUAACGUCCAAGAGCGUUUACCCCGACCACGCGGGUAGUGUGAUACUUGAAAACAAACGCAACAUGACGCUUUCAGGCUAGCAUGCUAUUACAACUUCAAAAAAACAUCAAAGUUAACGGCUGAACAUCUAUGCUGUAAACCUGAGUCAUAAAUAUAAGUAAGAUAAUAAGUUAUAGAACCGUUAUGAUGUUAAUGUGGUGAGGUGUGUGGUGAAAUUAUCUCGAUAACUCAUAGCCUGGCUCUGGAACACCUUAAUUUAUAUAAUUCUUUCAAACUGGAACAUUAGAACCAGAAUCAGAAUCACUUUAAUAAUCCUCCAGUUUAUUGUUGGGGUUGGGUCUUCAUAAAUCAGACCUGUUGUCGAACAAAUCCUACAGAUGCUAAAAUAGAUUGAGAUCUGGGGAGUUGUUGUUUUGUGGUCCAGUUUGAUGCUAAUGUGUCCAAUGUAAGGGGCUUUCAGUUAGGGGUGGGAGAAAAAAAUCGAUUCACAUAAGUAUUGUGAUUUUUUGCUUUACAAUUUUUAAUCGAUUUCUAUGUUCAAAAAUGAUUUUUUUUUCUUUCAAAUGUAAGACUAAAUCUUAAAAACUGACUUACAUGUGAUGUGUAUUCUUUGGGGAAAUAUGGUUCCUGGAAUAGUUAGUAGGCAAUCAUAAUCAUUCAACUGUUUCACUGGUGUUACAAAUGCAGACUAAAAAUCAAGAAAAUUGACAAUAUCACAAUUGAAUCACAAUUCAAAUCGAAUCGGCAACCAAAAAAAAUGUAGAAGAAUCGUAUCAGGAAAAAAAAACUUACUGUCCCAGCCGUACUUUUGGUGGUGAACAGGUCAGUUUGGACACCAUAACUUUUUAUAAAUCAGUUUUUAAGAAAGUUAGUUAGUGCGGUUGGCAUAUUAUGUGGAGAACUUGUAGGUAACUUGAAAGUAGACUGUCUCAAUAAUUUCAUAUCACAUGCCUUGGACACACCAUAAACGCCAGUUGUCAACAAUUUAGAAGUCUUCAGAUCUUUCCCUCCAACACUGUGAUGAUCAAAGUGUCUCUUUUGUAUGAAACAGGAUUUCAUACCACAUCAGGCUGCAGGUCAUGGGGUUGACCAAGCAGUACCUGCGCUAUGUCCCUAGUGCAGUAUUUGGAGUCAUCGGCAGUCAGAAAGCAAACAUCGCCUAUGUGACCCUCAGAGGAGGAGAGAAAGGACGGUAUGUCGCUGCAGCUGCAUGUGAGCACGUGUUCAUCUGGGAUGUCCGAAAAGGAGAGAAGGUGAGAUUAUCAUACAGGUAUUAAACUUCAGGAAAUCCUUCCAGCUCAGUUGAUUUUCAGAGUUGAUCCAAGGUUUAUCUUUUUCGCCAGGUCCUGAUCCUGCAGGGUCAGAAACAUGAGGUGACCUACCUCUGCCCUUCACCUGAUGGGGUCCAUGUUGCAGUGGGUUAUGAGGAUGGUGCUGUGAAAAUCUUCAACCUGAUGAACGGUGAGAGUAACGUGUCCUUCAACGGCCACAAGUCUGCUGUCAGCGUCAUUCACUACGACUCGCUCGGAGCUCGGCUCGUCACUGGGUCCAAGGUGAGUCAUAGGUUUAAAAAUAAAUCUUUGUAUUUUUUGUGCUCUAUGUUUUUUUUCUCAUGUUUUAUUAAUGAGAGCAGGAUACAGUGUUAAGCAGAUAGAGCACCUGGAAUAUAACACCACAUGCAGAUUCACCUGACAGCUACAAGUGUUAAAAAUCAACUGAAUAAAUCUUUUAACCAAAUAUUAUUUUUCUAUGUCAAAACUUUCAAAAUAAAUCUUUUUCUCAGGCUCCUGUUUCUCUAUCUUUGAGAAAGCAUGUGUAAAGGAUUUUUUUUUUUACACCAGAAGUUGAUCCUUUGCAAUUAUGAUGAAAGAUAUCACUUUUCCUUCCCCCCGCAGGACACAGAUGUGAUAGUGUGGGACAUCAUCAAUGAGUGUGGGCUGUACAGGCUGAAAGGACACAAGGACCUCAUCACACAAGCUUUGUUCCUCAAAGACAAGAACCUGCUGGUCACCAGGUAACAGACCUUUCACAUGAUCACACUGAUAAUAAGUACAUCACUCAUUACUGCAGUAUAAUGGAGUUUGGCACAGAAAACUUACAUUUUCAGAUGAUUACUUUUGAUAAACUCUCAAAAUCAGGCUUCCACACCCUCACAGUACCGCCUUUACAUCUCUUUGUUUUCUCUUCUUUUCAGCUCCAAGGACAGUUUUGUGAAGUGGUGGGACCUGGACACUCAGCACUGCUUCAAGACCAUGGUGGGCCAUCGCAGCGAGGUGAGGGGCGCCUUCCUGUAAAACCAUUAAUAUAAGCAGAGAGAUGCACCAGCAGAGAGCAGACUAAAACCAGAGCAGACUGAUCCAUUUUUUAAUAAAAAACAGUUUAAUCCCAUCCUCCAGUCUUGUUUCCCACGCCUCACAGCUAUCCUGUUUUCCAACACAAAGCUGAUGUAGUUUUAGUCCCUGAGUUUUGUCUGAAAGGUAAUUUGAUUACACUGAGACUGUUGUUAACCUUAAGGCAGAUAGAAUUGAUAAACUUAACUGGAUUGAGGCUGAUAAUCAGAUCAGUGUGACUGCUCUUUCAGAGACUGUCUGCUCAUUGUGUUCAGCCAGACUCUGUACUCUGUCUUAAAGCUUAGGAGGUCCACACAUGUUUUUUUCUCACCCACUUGAUGUUUAGGACAGUUCAUUUAUUAAUUUACUGCAAUUAUAUGUACUUAUUGAUUUUUGCUUGCUAUAAGAGGAGGAUAUAUGUAGGCCUUUAGCAAUAUUUGUCUUUAAAAAAAGUGAAUCAUUCACUGAUAUUGAACAUUUUAAGAUGGUCCUGUAGCCCUUAAUGACAUCCUAGACUUUUUCAGCUGGUUGACUGUGAUAUUAAGGUUGUUUUGUUUGACCUUUUACACAUGUUCUAGGUGUAGUUUUCAUCAUAACUGUGCCCAGCUAACAUUUUCAGAUCAUUCUAUGUAACACAGUGUAUUUUCCUGUGUGUUCCUGUCUGUGUGUGUGUGUGUGUGUGUGUGUGUGUGUGUGUGUGUGUGUGUGUGUGUGUGUGUGUGUGUGUGUGUGUGUGUGUGUGUGUGUGUGUGUGUGUGUGUGUGUGUGUGUGUGUGUGUGUGUGUGUGUGUGUGUGUGUGUGUGUUAGGUGUGGGGCAUGGCACUGUUGAACCGGGAGAACAGACUGUUAACAGGCUCAGCAGACAGCGAGCUCAGAGCCUGGGACAUCAACUAUCUACAGGAGGUGAGGAAGAACACAGCUUCAGCUUCAGGAUCGAUGCAUUUGAGCUUUGAGUCUCUGUGAAGCCCCUUUGAGACAUGCACAGAGUUCUCCUCUGCAGUAUGUUUAUUUCACAUACUGUGGAUUUUUAAAGUUUAAAAAUGAACUUUAGUGCAGUCUUUGACAAUAAUCGGUGGUGGAUUUAAAGCAGAGACAUAUUCCAAAGACUGAGAGGGAGACUGAAAGUAAAUUAAACUAAUGGAUGAAUGACUAUCAUCCAUUAGAGUCCCAUUAGAGUGACUAUCAGAGCAUCUAUUUGACAUGAUGAUCAGCUUCCUGAAACCCUUCGACGUCUGCUGUGAGGGUGUCUGUCUGAACAGAACAGUCAGGUUAACAGUCUGAAAACAGCCUGAUUUACUGAUAGAGAUGAGAGUUAGUGUGAUCGCUAAAGGUUGAUAGAUUUCUUUGACUGCACGUGUUUCUGAAUUAGACAAAUGAUGUUACCUUAAGCAAAGUCUGUUUCUUUCGUCAUCAGGUAAAAGCUGAGGGUGAGCCUGAGGCCAAGAAGGGGAAAAGUCUGCUGGAUGAAGACGAUGAAGAAGACAACGAGGCAGAUGAAAGUCUGGACGAGGUAUGACAAAGACAUUUGAACUUCUAACAACAGGACAACUCUUCUCCUCUAAAACUUCAAACCUUUUUUCUCUUUGUCUGUCAGAGAAUCUUGAGUUGUAAGAAAGCCGGCUCCAUCCUGAGAGAGGCCAGAGACCGGGUCGUCUCCCUGACGACAGACACCAAGGCCAGAGUCAUCGCCUGUCAUGUGAGUGUGAGAGGAGACACACUCCAUGUUUAGACCAGGAUACAGCUGAAAGUCUGGACUACUACUCCUAAAAGAAAGACAAAAACAAAAAACAGAAGCACAAUGGAAGCUUAUGGUUUCAUCAAAGGAGGUGAAAGUGUCUCCUCAGCUGAGACUGGUUUUGUAGAUUGUACAGUCAGCACUUGGUCAGUCAGGGUGCAGAAGUUUGAUAUACAGAGUUUUUAUAUAUGUGUUUAAAAAAAGCCUAAUGCUAUUUAUGCACAGAAUGUGUGAGUGUAAACUGAUUAUUGUUAUAAAUGUACCAUAUGCAUGAAUUUAAUGUUCUGUGUUCUGUCAUCAGGGUAAUGACUCGAUCCUGGAGCUCUUCACUGUGCUGUCAGAGGCAGAGGUGCAGAAGAAAAUGACCAAGAAGCUGAAGAAAGCCAAAAAGAAGGCAGCAAAGUAAGAAAAGGAGAGACUCUUUAUCAACAGCUUCACCUGUUUUCAUCACUUUUUUAUCACAGCUACAACAAUGAAGUACAACAAAAAUACAAUAUAUAGUUAUAAUACAACCCACAGCAGGCGAAUGUUGGAGAGGAGGCAAGAAAAUGACACCAAAUCUUUUCAUGACAAGAUGCCAACCCAGAAAAAUCUCAAGAAGGCACCUGUAAGAAAGUUCUUACUGGUUACCGUGCUGUCUGAAACUACUUUAAUGCAUCUUUAUGAUCUUCAAAAUCAGGCCACACCAGCAGCAAAGAAACUGACACUUUCCUUAUCGUGAUUUUAAAAUGAUAAAGAAAUUAGAGAAAAUAAAGAACUCACGUUUCUUUCUGUAUGCUGAGGCUUAUUGUGUUGCUGCCCCCUGCUGCAGAGCUCAGGAAGAUGCAGACGAAGAUGUAGAAGAGCAGAUGGUGGAGAGGAUGCUGAAGGAUGAGAUCAUCAGACUGACCAACAUCAAGGCCUCAUCCAAGAUCAGGUCAGUGUGGAUCAAGAUAUAACCAUAAGACUAGACCACAGGGAAAAACCACUAGGUCUCAAAUUAAUUCCCUGACACUCGUCUCCUCUGUCCCCUCUCAGGUGGGUAGACUGUCUCUCAUGUGUCGGUGGUGAGCUGAAGGUGGCGUUGCUGCUGCAGAACAACACCAUAGAAACAUACAGCCUGAAGACUUCAGACAAAACCCCCACAGCCAACAAGACGGCUCGCCUCACACUCGGAGGCCACCGCACAGACGUCCGCACCUUGGCGUUCAGCUCGGACAACCUGGCCGUCCUGUCUGCCUCCGGAGACACGGUCAAAGUUUGGAACAGGUGAAACUUCAUCCUGUUGAAUGUUUCGAUUAUUUUGAUUUUCUCUGUCAUGGUGGUCUCACACAAAGAUCUUUACAGGUCGACUCUACAGGUGAUUCGCACCAUGGCCUGCGAAUACGCCCUCUGCUCCCUCUUUGUGCCUGGAGACAGACAGAUCAUUCUAGGAACAAAGGUAAAUGGACACACGAAUGACUAACUCAGAAACUGCUGCCUAAGUCUGUUCCUAAAUAAGCUGUUUUAUACUUUAUUCCUGUCAGAGCGGGAAGCUGCAGAUCUUUGAGUUGGCCUCAGGAAGCCUCCUGGAAACCGUGGACGCUCAUGAAGGAGCUGUGUGGUCUCUUUGCCUGGCUCCAGAUCAGGUGAAUGCGACUAACCACAGCACUCAGACACACCUGUCACACCCUGUCUGUUUGUCAUACCUUUACAUGAACAGUUAUUGAGCAUGUGUGUUGGUUUUAUACCUGCAGAGGGGGAUUGUCACAGGAAGUGCAGAUAAAACGGUGAAGUUCUGGGAGUUUGAGCUGAUAAAGGACCAAGGGACCAGCCAGAAGUAAGUCAGCACCUUCUUCAAGUCCAAUAACAUUAGUGUGAUUUAUUAAGAUGAUCUCACCUACAACAUCUUACAGUGUAUUGUCUCAUGUUCAGUGGUGCAUUCGAAUUAUCUUUGUGUGUCUGUGUGUGUUGAAGGAGGCUGACAGUGAAACACACACGCACUCUGCAGCUGGAGGAGGACGUCUUGUGUGUGAAGUUUUCUCCUGACCACAGACUUCUUGCUGUGUCGUUGUUGGACUGCACUGUGAAGAUCUUCUACACUGAUACCCUAAAGGUACACCAGACAUCAAAACACCACCCCACCUGCCAUCACACUCUGUAACCUUAGCUGUUGUUACGAGUACAUUUUUGUACUUAGAAAAGAAAAUAACUUUGGUAUAUUUUUAUAAAGCCGCUUCAUUAAUAAUUGGAUAGAUUCUGCGUAGAUCAUAACCAACAUGUCCCCCUUUGUCUGCUUCAGUUCUUCUUGUCUCUGUAUGGACACAAGCUGCCGGUGCUCUGUCUGGACAUCUCACAUGUGAGUAUGCAGCUGCAAAUAACCAGAAGCGGGUUCUUUGGACCCACAGUGCUGCCUCACAGGCUCUGAGGUUUCCUUUCUUUUCACCAGGACAACACUCUUAUCGCCACGGGCUCUGCAGACAGAAACGUGAAGAUCUGGGGUUUGGACUUUGGCGACUGUCACCGUUCCAUGUUUGCUCAUGACGACAGGUAACACCCAAACCAAACAGCAGAGCCAAACAUCAAAUUAGUUGUGAUGAAUCAUUUUGCGGGCUGUUGAGUUUCAAGCUGUGUCUUCAUCUGCUGUGUCCUGUUGACUUUGCACCAGCUGCUCCCUCAUCUCACCUCGACUUAUUCACUUUGUCAAAUGCAUUCUUGCUGUUUUCUCUAGCGUUGGUUUUCAGUAUGAGCAGCUUUCUCUUUAUUUUGUCUGUGCUCCUGACCAUCUAUCUGCCUCUUCUUGCACUGUGAUAAAUUUCUCUCCCCUCUGUUUUCUUUCUGCAGCGUCAUGUUCCUCCAGUUUGUCCCAAAGACUCAUCUCUUCUUCACAGCGGGGAAAGACAAGAAGAUCAAACAAUGGGACGCCGACAAGUUUGAGCACAUCCAGACGCUAGAGGUGAAACUUCCUCUAAAUUUGAUGUUCAGGGGUUUAACCUGAGGAGCUUUUAACACGCUUUUGACGUGUCAAAAACGUCCUUUACCACUGACUAAAGCUCAUGUACUCUAUCAUCAUCACAAUAUGGGAACAUGAUUUGAAAGUAUUGCAAUGAAGAAGAAAGAAAUGAACUAAGACAAGUGCAUUUUACCUGUUGGGUUCAGGCCAGGCUAGUUAACAUUCACACUUUGAUACCAUUUUUUGUAUGUGAGGGAAACACAGACACAGUGGACAAACAUAAAAACUUUGAGUUAAAGCCGUUAUGCACUCUUGAGUUCUUUUACAUUUGUCUUAUUUUAUAUCAGUAUGCAAUUUUUCACAUCAUGUGGGUCUACCACUGACUUCAGCGUACCAUAAAUCCUGAAAUAUAAACCAGGAACUUAAUUUGCUUUUACUUGUUGGGUACCAGGGUACCAAGUUUGUGUUAUCAGGAUGUUACAGCAUGCAGUAUUUGAUAAAUAAUAAUAAAAAAAAAAAAGUAAAAUCGUACCAAAGAGAGAGGGAGAGAAUGCUACAACUGGACAAUCAUCAAAUGGUAAAAUCCUGCUUCUCUGUCUGUCUUUCAGGGUCAUCAUCGGGAGGUUUGGUGUCUCACCAUCAGUCCAAACGGUGACCACAUUGUGUCUUCAUCUCAUGACAAAUCACUGCGACUCUGGGAGAGAACCAGGGAGCCGAUCAUCCUGGAGGAAGAACGUGAGAUGGUGAGGAAGAGGACCAGGAUUAACUCCAAUAUAUGAAACAUUUCCCUGACUCAAACUUUCACACACUUUCUUUGUUUUUCUUCAAUAUCAGGAGCGAGAAGCUGAGUUUGAGGAGAGCAUGGCCAAAGGAGACCUGCCUGUGGUGAGGGUUACCUUACAUCAUCAGCAUUUCUUACUUUCUUUACGACACUACAUUUAUUUCAAAGUUCCAUCAGUCUGCAGGGUUGACGCUGUUGUCUCGUUGAUUUUAUCUUCAGGUACCUGGAGAAACUGAAGGAGAAGCAGCACCAGCUGGAAAGAAAACUGUAGAGACUGUCAAAGCUGUGAGUUACAGCAUGACUAUCAUUUCUAUUCUUAUUGACACUUUUUGGGUCUUGUUUUGGGCACUUAUUUAGAUAGUUUCAGGUUUUAUUGUAAUUUUUACCCUGUUGUUGAAACUAUUUAUAUUUGAAUAAUUCUGGGGUUUACUUAGAGCUGCAGACAUUCAUAAACUCUGAGUCUCUAAACCUGCCCAAAUUAGCAAUUCAAACCCAGAUUAUUGUAAUUCCAUGGAUGAUAAGAGCCUGUUUUUAUUCUCUUGGUUGAUUUCCUCGCUGCUGUGUGAUUUCCCUGCAGGCCGAGAGAAUCAUGGAGGCUCUGGAGCUUUUCAAGGAGGAAGCCAGAAAAAUGGAGGAGCACAAAUAUGCUUGUGAGAGAGCAGGCAAAGAGGUAUUUUUAUAGCUCUUGAUCCACACCUAUGAGGAAUGGCGCAUAAUCAGUCUUUAAUAAUCCAGUUUUAAAUAUGUUAAUUAGAUGCUGAACAGGGUUAACUCAGUCAGCAGGAGGAGGAGAUAUAAUCUGAUAUAAGCUAAACCCUAUAACCUUCUUUCUUUUUUAAUAUUUCUUUUGUAUUUGGGUGCAGGAUGGAAAAUGUCUUAUGUGUUGUGAUUAUUUAAAACAAAUCUGAUAGUUAGUCGAUGUUGUUUUGCAGCUACCUCCACCCAAACCAAAUCCAAUCCUUGUUGCCUUUGGAAAUGUUACAGUAAGUGGACUAAUGAGUGAAAAAUAUAAAGCAAAGCCGCCGUCUAUGAGAGUCAACAUCUGAGUCUUUGUCACUUUUUCAGCCUUCCCGCUAUGUGUUAGACGUCAUCAAGAAAGUCCGAUCCAGGUGAGAUGUGGGCCCAGGAUGAUCAGACCAAAUCCACACCAUGUGUCAGUCAGACUCGACUCAUAAUCCUCAGCAUCUCAUGUUGGUUUUUGUUUGUCCUGAUAUCACAGUGAGCUGGAGGUGUCUCUGCUGGUUUUGCCGUUCCCUUAUGUCCCCGAGCUGCUGCAACUUUUCAACAGCUACAUCCAACAAGGCCUGGAGGUGGAGCUGGUCUGUCGCUGCCUCUUCUUCCUGCUCAAGUAAGACAUUGACCCAUUUUUGUGUGUCAAAGGAAAAAAAAAUAAAACAGUAAAGGUGUUUUUUUCCAGUAAAUGCAAAAUCAAAACCAAGAAAAUAUAAUUAUCAUGUUGAACGCUUUUGUGAUGUUUUGGUAAAAGCAAAAAAAAAUGUUCUAUUUUAUCACUGAACUGACUGAGAUUUUGCCUCCAUAGGAUCCAUUUUGGUCAGAUCUCGAGUAACCAGAUGCUGCUGUCUGUUAUAGAUGAGCUACGAACUAACACUCUCUCUAAAGUGCAAGAAAUCAGAGUGAGUAACGUCUUUCUUUUCCUCUCACAAUCUUGUUUUUUCACAUCAUCCUCACUACCUCUUCUUUCCUCUUCCUCAUCUCAGGACGUGAUGGGCUUCAACAAUGCAGCGCUGCAGUACCUCCAACGGGAGAUUGAGAGCAAAGAGGACGUGAUGUUUUUCGCCGAGGCCACCGGUCAGCUGAAAGAGAAGAAGAAGAGGAGGAGGAAAAGAGAGCGAGCCAUCCUGACCGUGGCUUAAAUCUUUAUGGACAUAUUCAACUAAUUACCGUUCCCAUACACCUCCAUCUCCUCCCAGGUGGUUUCCAGGGGUACAGGAGGGUUAAAUUAACGAUGUUGAUUUAAGUCUGUUAGGAAAUCCUGAUUGGAUGUAAGACAGUGUUUUUCGAUGACAUGCUCCAUUUCCCAAAUAAACUGAGUCUGACUUUUCUCACAGCUUUUCAGGUUUUAUAGGAGACUUUCCAAACAGAUAAAUCCGCUACUGCAGAGAAAUAUGUAGAAUAUGUACACAGCAGCUCCCUCUGCAGCUGUAUGUCUCUAUAAAAUACAUUUAUACCAUGUACCGGUUAAUACAAACAUUUCAUAGAACUCCUCCACGGUCCCCACACACAGAACAGAGAUGAUUUAAGUCCGUUUCUGUCCUACAGGCCCAAAGGGAGCGAUUGAAGCCCAGAGCCAAAGUAUGCACACUACAAAAAGUGAAAUCUAAGAAGGAUUAGAUUUCUUGGAUCGAGGCACCAUAUGCUCCUUUUACAUCUUUAAGGAUGGAGAAUUCAAACAGGCAGUUUUUGUCCUCAAUCCCCCCUGAUAAGUCCUUAAACCAUUGUCAUUGAUUUCAACUAUUUUUAUUUUUUUAUUAAUACACAAAGCAUCUCAUUUUGAGUAAGUUCUUCCCUAACAACAAUUUAUAAUUUACAUAUUUGAAAAUCAAAGUAGGGAACUGUCUUAUUAUUAUGAUGGUAAUGUUUAAGGUAAAAUGCAUUGUGUUUAAGCGCUUAUUAUCUUGUCACUGAAAAGUUACAAAUAACUUCCCUUUAUUUGAAGAAUAAUCACUCAACACUGUUUUCAUUAAUAAUUACAUGUUUUGAAACUAUUACAGGAGGGGUCUGCAGGGGUUUCUUUAAAAAAUUAAAUAUAUAAUUGGAUGUAAUGCUGCUCAAUCUUCACCUAUAGAGGUGACUCUGUCAUCGGACCCUGCCGUCUGCCUGUACUUCAAUAUUUUGGUUUCUGGGCAGGCAGUGGCCGUGGGUUAUCCCAGCCAAUGACUGCAGGCAGUACGCAAGUGACUCUGGGAGUUCAUAAAUGUGAGCAGUCCCCAUUCAGACUGCAGCAAAGAAAAGAAAACAGGAUGCUCUGUUUUAAGGUUGAAUUUUUGGAGUGACUGACAGGAGUUUUGAAACCUGCCAGUCGAGCUGAGACCACCAUGUUGUGACCACACUGUCCCACACACCAAGUCUCCUGAUACUGGCAGAAAACUCCCCCGGUCCCCGUUGGCCUCUCUGCAGCCACCCAGCUCUGAAUUCAGGGAGAUGUGGUUUGACUUUAUAGGCCUGUAACUCUGCCUGAAUUUAUAACCCUACAGACUGGUAAAUGUGGUAAACAUAUUUCAUAGCACAGGGAGAAAACCUCACUUUUCAGGUCUGUGCUGUGAACAGUGAACAUUUUCGAGCGCCCUGCCCUCUAAACCUGCGACCUUUAUGAAAUCUUCACACCCACAUCACACACUUUAUUUUCCACGUGUGGGUAUAUUUCCUGACCUCGGGCCACUGUGGAAUAAUGAAAUGAAGCUUUUAAAAAUCA